AAAGAUAGAAAAGAGAUGCCCUCCCACGUGGAACUAACGCUGGAGCAGCUGGUGCGAAUUGCUGUCGGUGUGCCCGAGCUGACACACGUGAAUGUGGCCGUGUUGCACAGUCUCCUUAAUGUGCUGCUAAAGAAACUCAACUGCAAGGAUGAUCUGGUGAGCAUUGGUGGCUUCGAGGGCAAGUGCUUGGAGCGCAUCUUGGAGCAAUCCAAGUUCUCGCCCCUGCCCUUUGAUGUGGCUUCAAUUGUGCCCAUCUCUGAGCAACUCAGCAAAGUGGAGCAGCUGGAGAAGCGCAUCGCAGAGCUGGAAUGUCAACUGGAGUGUCACUUUAAGCAAAUACGCGUCUGCAACCGGGCCAAGGGCAAGAAGUUUCAGUCCAAGAUGUGGGAGAAGUAUGCCUCGCCCUGCGAGGAUCUUUGCACCACUUGCGACGAGGACAACAAGAUCGCCUGCAGCCUGCUGGCCAAUGUGGACUUUAUGAAGAAAUUGAUGCGACAAAUUGCUGGCCCAAUUCUGCUGCAGAUGGAGGAUGUCAGCAAGCGGCUGUCGAAGUUCUAUGAGACGCUCAAGGAGUUCCUGCGGCAGACCGAAGCGCUCUUCCAGCGCCUCGAACUGGUCAAGCAGUGCGUCGUGGAGAUUGAGAAUUUACGUGGUCUGGUCCAAGAGUACAACAUCACAUUUAUCGGUACGAUGGAGGAGCUGCAGGAUAUGCUGGACAGCAAGUUGGACAAGGUGCACAUGCCGGCGCUCAAGAAAUAUAUUCGCGAUCGCUUCGAUGACAUUGACACGCGUCUGCGCCUCAUUGAGGAUAAGGAGAGUUGCCCCCGUGCCGCGGGAUUCAUCAAUUCGGGCAUUUGUUGCCUGUCCUGUGGCAGCACACGCGUUGGCGCUGAUGUUGGCCCACAGGCCAUGGCCCUGCUGCCCGAUGCACCCACCCGCGGGCUGCCACCCAUUACGGCAACGCCCACCAAUUGCCAAAAGAGUCUCGUGUGUCGCUCCAUCGAGAAGGAGCCCACGCUGAUGGUGCGCGUAAAGAAUCUCGAUCUGGACAUACUCGCCUCACGACUCAACCGACCCGCCUACGGGAAGAUAUGCAAGCUGCCCGAAGCCAAUGACACCAUCUAUGGUGUGCGUAAUUCCUGUUUUUCUGGUUAGCUAGGGAGUACUGUUCCCGCCCCUGUACCCCCUGUCAUAUGUUUGUGCCCCAAUCCAAAUCGUUUCGUUUAAGCAAUAAAACAUAAGAGCCAACCCAAGUCAAGGCUGUUUCCGCUAGGCGGAGGCAAAAAAAAAGUGCA